UGAUUUGCGCGGCUCCGCCCGAACUCCCUGCAAUCCGGCCCUUUUGCUCUCCGGACCAUGUCGAGGCUCAGCUGGGGGUACGCAGAGCACAACGGUCCUGCUCACUGGAAUGAACUUUUCCCUAUCGCUGAUGGGGACCAGCAGUCUCCGAUUGAGAUUAAAACUAAGGAAGCGAAGUAUGACUCUUCCCUUCGACCUCUUUGUAUCAAGUAUGAUGCAAGUUCAGCAAAAAUCAUCAGUAACAGUGGCCAUUCCUUCAACGUUGACUUUGAUGACACGGAGGACAAAUCAGUUCUGCAUGGGGGUCCACUUACUGGAAGAUACAGGUUGCGACAAUUUCACCUGCACUGGGGCUCUGCUGAUGACCAUGGCUCUGAGCAUGUUGUGGAUGGAGUGAGGUAUGCUGCCGAGCUCCAUGUCGUUCACUGGAAUUCAGACAAAUGCCCCAGCUUCGUGGAGGCAGCUCAUGAGCCUGAUGGACUAGCUGUCUUGGGAGUGUUUUUACAGAUUGGUGAAUUUAAUCCCCAACUGCAAAAGAUUAUUGACAUUUUGGAUUCUAUUAAAGAAAAGGGUAAACAAACUCAGUUCACGAAUUUUGACCCAUUAUGUCUGCUUCCUUCAUCCUGGGAUUACUGGACUUACCCUGGGUCUCUCACAGUCCCACCUCUUUUUGAAAGUGUCACGUGGAUCAUUUUGAAACAGCCUAUAAGUAUCACCUCUCAACAGCUGGCCACAUUCCGCACCCUCCUCUGCACCGCCAAGGGUGAAGCAGCCACCUUCUUGCUGAGCAAUCACCGUCCACCACAGCCUCUGAAGGGCCGACAAGUGAGGGCCUCAUUCCACUAAAAGCUGUAGCCAGUGGACCACCCCAAACAUACCUGCGGAGAGAAAGCAAAAUCAAAUAGGACAUAAAAAUCCUUACUGAUGAUUCUUUCCUAGAAUUCUAGUUUGUGGGUACCAUUGUGCUAUCAGCCUCAGGAGCACCAAGAAAAUCAGAUCCCUUUCAUCAAACAGACUUGACAUAUCCGUCUUGGAUUUGCAUUCCUGGGUCUUCAACAGGAAACACUGUAUCACAUGUGUUAAAAUCCAUGAAAUGUAUCCACUUCAACCUGGGGGAAAACAUGCCAGUAUGGCAAACCUCAGGAUGUAUGAAAUAUUUUCCCUUCUUGUAUAGACCGAAUUAGUCAUGUCUUUCUGUGAUGUUUGUGAAAAACUUAAGCUUGUUUCCAGAAUAAUAGAACUGGGACACCUUUUUCUAAACGAGUGAUUUUGCUUAAUGUCUUGAUAUCAUUCCAGUUCAUAAAAAGUUGACAAGGUUUCCAAUUUUAAAGAGAAUUUAAAAUUUCUCUUAAUUUUGAUUAUGUUGCUGAUUCAUGAUGCCUUUGGUCAAAUGAACAAUUUGACAGUUGUUGGGAGUGGAGGUGAAAUAUAACUACUUCCUAUGUCUACUCCACAGAUCAGCAAAAUAACCCACACAGUUGUGGUGAAGAAUUCCUCAGGAUAUAAGUGGCUGUUUAAACUUGAAUGAAUGGUUGCACAUCACAUUCACUGGUGAUAUUAAUGAUAACUGGCGAGGGACUGAUGAGAUGCAGUGCUGGCCAACUCAGGGCAUGAGGUCCGUUGAAAGGAGCAGCUCACAGACACAGUGCAAGCUGUCGAGACACAGUGAUGCAUGGCCCACUCUGCCUUGCAUUUUGGCCACAGAGCAGGGCCAGUCCCUGCAGCUCAUUCUUCUGUCAAUGGAUGGGAAAACUUACCUGAGUCUUAGAUAAAUAUACAAGCUGACCAUAAACCCACCCAUUUCUGGGGCAAAACCCAUCUUCCCUUAACCAUGUCCCUUAGUCUUUAAGUAAUUUUGCAAGGUGGCCCUUGAUGUUCACAUUAACCUAUUACUCUGGUAUAUUUUUAUUUGUUUUGUGUGAAUGAAGAUGGGGUUGGGGGAUUUCUUUGCUAUUUCUAGUACAAGGACUAAGAUUAUGCGUUAAUUUAGUAACCACACAGAAGACUUGACCACAUGCUAUCAUGGUCUGAGAGAAGUUUAACCAACUUUCCUUGAUUUUGAUGAUUUGCUUAGGAUACUGCUCUUCUUCUGGGUGUAGAUUUUAUAACUGAAAAUAUAUUCUGUGAUAGUUUUCCUGACAGGGUAACUGCAUGUCAGUAAAUUGUGUAACAGUGAGGCAGGUGGUUGCAGAAGACAGGCUCCUGGAGACUGAGGCCGAUGGCUUAGUCAUUGUGAAGCUUACCAUCACCCCUCCUCCCCAGUAUCCAGCUUGAGGCCUUACAGAGAAUUCUAAUGAUGUAGUAAAUAUCUAAUGAAUCAAUUAUUUUUUCUAAUUUUAUCUUAUCUUUGAUAAUUCUCUUAUUGCUUGGGGUCAAUGUACCCUAAGUUAAGGUAACAAGUAAAAUGUAAGCUAGCUCUUGAAAAUGGUUUCUUCUUAAAGUAAUACUUAUUAAAUCUACUUGUGUAAACAGAAAUUCUAAUUGUUUUAAAAAUACCAAUGGGAAGGUGCUUCUUUAGUUUGGAAAGAUAUGUUGUGAAGUACCCCAGUCUGAGAAAGAAGUGUUUUACACUCAGAGAUGGUAAGUUGUUGUACCUGGAAGGGUGUGUGGGGUGGGGAUUCUAAUUACUGGGUGUGAGAAGUAUCGCUUUGUAACUUGUGGUUUCUGCUACAGUAUUAGGUUGGUUCUAUGCUACAAAUUGGACUUUGAUGGACUAAAAAUGUUUCCUUGAAGAUUGUCUGCUAAUUUAUUUUUCUCAGAGGCAAAAGCUGUCAGGAUGUGUUCAAGUUAUUUUCUGAGACUAUUAAAGAGCUAUAAAAGCUAGUAGAGUUUUCUCUUGUUUCCUACAACAUGUAUUGGAUGUAUGUUUGUUACGCAUUUUGUGUUUUAAUUUAAAUUGGAUU